GGCCGGCGGCCGCCACCAGGGCCGGGGAUGCGGAGGCGCCGCUGCUGCUGCUGGGGCCCGGCGGCGCUGCUGCUGCUCCCGCUGGGGCUGGGCAGCCUGCUCGCCGCCAAAGUGAAUAAACACAAACCCUGGAUUGAGACGUCGUACCAUGGAAUCAUAACUGAAAACAACGACACUGUGAUUUUGGACCCCCCCCUAGUUGCUUUGGAUAAAGAUGCACCUGUUCCCUUUGCAGGUGAAAUUUGUGCUUUUAAAAUCCAUGGGCAAGAGAUACCCUUCGAGGCCGUUGUGCUGAACAAGACAUCUGGAGAAGGUCUGCUUCGAGCAAAGAGUCCCAUUGACUGUGAGCUGCAGAAGGAAUACACAUUUAUCAUCCAGGCCUAUGACUGUGGAUCAGGACCAAGUGGAACAAACUGGAAGAAAUCUCACAAGGCAGUAGUCCAUAUCCAGGUAAAGGAUGUCAAUGAGUUCUCCCCAGCAUUCAAGGAGAGCAUAUACAAGGCCUCAGUGACAGAGGGGAAGAUCUAUGACAGCAUCCUGCAGGUGGAAGCCACAGACGAGGACUGCUCCCCCCAGUACAGCCAGAUCUGCAACUAUGAGAUUGUCACCACGGAUGUUCCCUUUGCCAUCGACAGGAAUGGUAACAUCAGGAACACCGAGAAACUGAGCUAUGAUAAACAGCACCAGUAUGAGAUAAUGGUCACAGCUUUUGACUGUGGGCAAAAGCAUGCAACAGAAGAUGUCUUGGUACAAGUUAAUGUCAAACCCGUGUGCAAACCAGGCUGGGAAGACUGGAAUGAACGGAUUGAAUACAGGCCUGGCUCUGGCAGCAUUCCCUUGUUUCCCAGCAUCCACCUGGAAACAUGUGAUGGACCAGUGUCCUCAAUCCACACCACCAUUGAACUGCAGACCAAUUACAUCGGGAAGGGCUGUGAUCGUGAAACCUACUCUGAAAAAUCUCUGCAGAAGUUAUGUGGAGCUUCCUCAGGUGCCAUUGACCUGUUACCAUCUCCCAGUACAACCACCAACUGGACAGCUGGGCUCCUCAUGGAUAGCAAUGACAUGAUUUUUAAAUUUGAUGGAAAGCAAGGAGCCAAAAUCCCAGAUGGAAUAGUCCCAAAGAAUUUAACUGAUCAAUUCACCAUAACUCUGUGGAUGAAACAUGGACCUAGUCCUGGAUUAAGAGCUGAGAAGGAGACUAUUCUCUGCAACUCUGACAAGACAGAGAUGAACCGGCACCACUACGCGCUCUACGUGCACAACUGCCGCCUUGUGUUCCUGCUGCGCAAGGACUUCGACCAGGCCGACACCUUCCGCCCCGCCGAGUUCCACUGGAAGCUUGACCAGAUCUGUGACAAGGAGUGGCACUACUAUGUGGUCAACGUGGAGUUCCCUGUGGUGACACUGUACAUGGAUGGGACAACGUACGAGCCAUACCUGGUGACCAACGACUGGCCCAUCCACCCCUCCCACAUCGCCAUGCAGCUCACAGUGGGGGCUUGCUGGCAAGGAGGUGAAGUCGCCAAGCCCAGGUUUGCUCAGUAUUUCCAUGGCAGCCUGGCCAGUCUGACAAUACGGCCAGGGAAAAUUGAGAGUCAAAAAGUGAUUUCCUGUUUGCAGGCCUGCAAGGAAGGUCUCGAUAUUAAUUCUCUUGAGAGUCUUGGCCAAGGAAUAAAGUAUCACUUCAACCCUUCCCAGUCAGUCCUUGUCAUGGAAGGAGAUGACAUUGAGAAUAUAAAUCAAGCCCUCCAAAAGAUCUCAUACAUCAACUCCAGACAGUUUCCUACUGCAGGCGUACGACGUCUCAAAGUCUCAUCUGAAGUCCAAUGUUUUGGUGAAGAUGUCUGCAUUAGUAUCCCAGAUAUAGAUGCCUAUGUAAUGGUAUUUCAGGCCAAUGAGCCCAAGAUUACCAUAACUGGGAUGGACCACUUUGCUAGACCAGCUGCACAGUUUGAAAGUGAAAGAGGUGUUAUUUUGUUACCUGACAUCAGGAUUGUCAGCACAGUCACUAAAAUGGAGUAUUCAGCGGACUUAAGAGAACAUGACAGAGCCAAUAAACAAGUGAUAGUAGAGGAAAUGCUCCACAACUUGGAUUUCUGUGAUGUUCUGGUCAUUGGUGCAGAACUAGACCCUGAACAGGAGUGUUUAGAACUAGAUAAUGGGGAGCUUCAAGGAAAACAUCUAGAUGCCACAAAUUCCACUGCAGGAUAUUCAAUCUACGGUGUGGACAGCAUGUUCAGCUACGAGCAGGUGCUGCGGCAGCUCCGCUACCGCAACUGGGGCACCUCGUCCACCUCGGACCGGAAGUUCAGGGUCAAGUGCUCCGAGCUCAAUGGGCGUUACACCAGCAAUGAAUUCAACCUGGAGGUGAGCAAGGAGUUCAGCUUGGAGGUUAAUAUUCUACACAGCUCCAACUCAAACUUCAUGGACCAUGUAAAUCACAUGAUAUUCCAGCCUAAAUUUCUCCAAUCUGUUCAGCACCCUGAGGGGAGUGUAAGUGCAGUUCACAGCUCAGUGGUUCCCAGCGUGGCCACGAUCGUUAUCAUCAUCUGUGUGAGCAUCCUGGUGUUGGUGGUAACGCUGGGUGUGCUUCGGCUGCGCUCUGCCCAUCAGCACGGCUCCCUGGGGCACCAGGGCACCAAGGACAACGAGAUGGACUGGGAUGACUCUGCCCUCACCAUCACCGUCAACCCCUUGGAGAAAUAUGAAAAGCCACACCCGACAGAAGAGGAGAGUGGGGAAGAAGACAUAGACGAUGAAGAGGAAGACACAACCAGUGCUGAAUCAGAUGAUAGUGAAGAGGAGGAAGAGGAGGAAGAGGAGGAAGAAGUGAUUGUCCAGUGGGAAGACAAACAGAAUGCCACUAGGCAAGAGCAGUUGGAGUGGGAUGAUUCAACUCUCCCUUACUAACAAACAGCCCUUCGCCCACAGCUCUUUUGUAAAAACCAAUACAAUGUUUUUUCGGAGCCUAUGAAUUCAUUGACAGGAUUUGAACUUCUGCUUGCCUAUAACUGUUUUGCCUAAAAUGAUCUUGUUGUAGUAAUUGAUAACAAUAGAACUGACCCUUUUCUUAAAAAGCCUGGAGAAAAGGUGGUCCAAACCUCCUGGCACACUCAGUGAUAAAGUAAUCCAGAACUUGAUCUGUUAGCGAGUGUAGUUCUCAAUUUCCUGUUCUACCCUGCAGAUGUGUGACAAAAGUCCUGUCACUCAAUCCAUCCAAGUUUUUGCCUUUGCUACUUUUUUCACACAGGAGAGAUUUCAGCUUGUUAUGUAGAAUAACUUCUGUGGGUCCAAAUACCCAUUGCCAUAUAAUUUCACAUUUUUACAGGUGUAAAAAAUCAUAAUCCACCUUCACAUAGAGGCAGGGGCUACAGGGGCUAAAUUAGUGCUACAGGGGCUAAAUUCCAUCUGUCAUCUUGUCCUGCCUUUUGGAUGUUAACUGUCUUCUGCAAGGGAAUAUCUAGGACUUGACAGGGGAUGCAUGUGUGCUUAUGUAGACGUGGAUGGUGUAUUUUUUCAGGCAUGCUGUCAGACCCUCAAGAGAGGAAUUUUUAUCCAAUCUAUCAAUAGAAAUUAAAAACGAGUUUAAGAAAAACAGCAACAAGAAAGGGCUGCUGAUGGUUAUCAAAAAACCCCCCAGUCUCUGUCCACAGAUUGAGUAAUAUGGUCUCAUGCAAACUGUAAAUUCUAAUGGGAUUGAUUCACUGAAAAUCUGUAGAGCUGCUCAUUAGUUAAGGAUUGAGCAAUUUGCAGCAAAUCAAUGCAUUAAACUGUCUGUCUCGUGGAACCAUUAGCUUGCUGCAGCAUCUUACUGAACUAGUAGAAAAUAAGUGACCCCAUUAUUCCAUAGCUAUGUAUAGCUGGGAUUUAAACAAUUAUUUUAGAUGAGGAAAACGUUCCCUUUUGCCUAGUGAAUGCCAGCCAGAAUUCCUGGCUGCUUAUUCUAUAAAGACAUGAUGCUCUAUUUCUUCUGUACCCCUGCCUGCCUGUAGUGCACAAGAGAAAGGAAAAACAUUGUGAGCCCUCUUCUGUGCUCAUAAUUCUCUCUUAUUUCUUCUGCCUGAAGCCAUUAAUGUUGAGAGAAAGUUUUAUAAAGUAGACAAGGAAAAAUAAACCUACUUGGAACCAAAAUAGUUGAAAAAAAACCCCUAAAAUCUUAAGAGGCUGAGAGAGUAUUUUAGUUUGUUAUGGUAACACAGCAUAUUUUUCUUAAACACUGUUUAAAAAGAAAAAAAAAAACAAAGAAAAAGAAAAAGCAGAGCUACAUAUACAAUGUGUUGAUUAGUCUGUGUGGUGUGUUUUUGGUCCCCUUUUCCUUAAGUACCUUUCAACUGCUCUGCUUACCACAUGCUGCAGCACUUGCUGGGGUAGCUGCUCCAAUGCACAGAAACAAAAUGGCAUGGAAGUGAAUGCUGCUUAAUGGCUUGUCUGGGUUAUUUUCCUGAGUGCUUUGUUUUCUUUGCAAUUUCAUCUUUGAUUUUUGCUUUUUUAAUCUGCUGUUUGAAAUGAGCUGCUUCCUCUUCUCCACUCUCCCAGUCUUGCCACAACAGAACCUUCCUGAGCACCCUGGUGGCUGAUGUUGCAAAGGGUACUUGGAGCAAUCUUGAGGGUACCCACCUCCCUCAAUACUGAAUUAUUACCAGCUUCUGAAUGUCGUGGGAUAUAGGGAAUAUAUAGGGUGCUUGGGGGUUCUUGUAAUUCCAGUUUCUGCAUAAAAGGAAAUACUGACAGCAACUAGGCCCUUUAAUUGAAUAUCUAGAAAGUAAAUGAAAGAAAAAUCUAUAAUAAUUUUAAAAUUAGAGAUAUUCAUGCGUUUAUUUGUUGUGCCAGCAAUCACGUUAUCACAUGGUUGUUAAGACUGGCAAUACAGCAGUUUUCUUUUGUUAUGAAUCCUGUUUCACUUUAUUCUCUCAGACAUAUUAAACUUAGAAGAAUAUUUGCAAAAUCAAGGCAACAUAAGUACAUCUUAUCUGCAGGAAUAACAACUGUAAAAAUGUCCACAAUUUCUGUUUAACACAAAAUUAAUAUUAAUAUUUCUGAUUAUCUUGAACAAAAUGUUGUUAGAUCAGACCCUACCAUCCUAGUAUCCUAGAUAAUUUCCCAAUUUUAAUUUUUUUAAUGACAUGAAGCAGGCUCUUCAUGAUGCUUGUUAUCAGCACAUAUCAGCAAAUCUUACUGCUCAGAAAAAAAAAUUCAAAAUUAAAUGUAGAUAUUUAAAAGUCAAUUUCAGAUUUAAAACUGGACUUAAAGUAUUUUAAAGUUUCUCUUAUUCCUCAUUAAUACUAUUAUUGUUGUUGUUGUUGUUGCUGUUAUCAUAGCAAACAUUAGGGCAACUUGAAAACAGCAAUUUACAACCUUAUUGACAGCCUUUAAUUCUUUUAUAUGUUUGUGAAUUCAUCAGUGUGUUUCUCCAUCUAAUAGACUUAUCUUUUUGCUACUGGAAGCAGAUCUUUUCAGGUUGUACUCGUACGUUACACAAAAAGGAAACAAAGUAUUUUCUCUACUGUAAAUAAAUCUACAUUUUUAAACCUAAGCAAAGUCAUACAGGCAUGUGUGUUAUCACUAAAACUUGGUUUGCAGUAAGAUACUCAGCAAACUCAAAUGUAUCACUGUACUUAUUUUAGAUUACUCAUUGGAGUGCAUUAUGCAGCAUUUUUCAUUCAAAUAAAUAGAAACAUUCUUUUCACAGAAUGGCAGUGAGAAUGAGGUACUUCUUCACAAAAUGGGCCCUGGAAUAUUUGUAUAGCACUCAAAGCAGUGGUUUCCUGAGCAAAACUACUACUAGAAAAUCAGAGAAAUACCAAUUUUUCUAAAGCAAUUCUAACAAUAUUGCCUCCCCUCCAGAAAUUAUUUUUUUUAUGUAACCUACUUGCUUAAAAACCAACCAGAACAUAUACCCACAUAUAUACAUAACGACGCACAUGUGGGGGUUUUUUGCUCUUAAUCAAAAGCCAAAGUUGUCUCCUUUUCUCCCUGAAAAAAAAGUGUUUAGAAUUGUUAAACCAUUCAGGUUGCAAAGACCUAUAAGAUCAUUGAGCACUGCCAAGCCCACUCCUAACACAUCCCCAGGUUCCCGAUUCACAUGUCUUGGAAUUCCCCCAGGGAUGGUGACUGUGCACUGCCUUGGACUGCCUCUUCCAAUACCUGACCAUCCUUUCAAUGAGGAUAUUUUCACCAAUCUUCGGUUCUAAACCUCCCCAGCACACUUCAAGGCUGUUUGCCCUUGUCCUAUCAGUUGUUAUUUGAGAGGAGAAACCAACCCCAGCUGGCUGCAGACUCCUCUCAGGGAACCCCCAGCUCCCUCAGCUGCUCCUCAUCAGCCUGGUGCUCCAACCCUUUCCCAGCUCUGUUCUCUUCCAAGGACUCACUGCAGCCCCUCAGGGUCUGUCUUGUGGUGAGGUAGCUUUAUCUACACUAGCAAUAAACAAGUGUAUCCAAAGAAAGCAAUUCUGAAGAGGUAUCCACAAUCCAUGACAUCAGGAAUCCAGAUGUGACAACAGAGGUCUAAAAUGACAUCACAUCAAUGGUCCCUUAAAUUUUUGGAGGCUGGGAAAGGCUGUAAAACCUACAAAUGCAAAUUGAAGAUGUUAUCAGAAUUAAUAUAACUCCCUAAGUGGCUAUUUGUGAUUAAUAGCUCCCAUUUCUCUUUAAUUUCUACCCCCUCCAUAGGUGUUUUAUCUUUGUAAGUAAACCUUAAUAUGCACAGUUCAGAUUUAUAUCAAUAUUUACUGCACUGGCUGACACAUCUAGAAAAAGAGGUAGGGUUUGUGACAUCUUUAAUACUAAUUAAAAUAAACGGUUGCUAUUUUUUCAUUCCAACAGGUAAUACUUGCAGUGGUGGUGGGACUGCUUUUUACCUCACCAGAUCCUAAUGGCAGGGAGCAGUUUACUUUUCUGUCUGGUAUGUGGUGGUGCUGAGCUUGCUGAGUUCCUUACUCCAUUCUGGAACAAAGUAAGGCUCAGAAAGGAUCAGAGAGUUCUGAAUUUCCUUUUGUGAUUGAAAUCCACUGUCUCCAUUGCAGGAGCUGUCCCUGCCUGACCCUAAACUGAAAAUAAUGCCAUGGGAAGUCAGUACCCUAGGUGAAGCAUGGGCAGAGGGUAGCCCAGUAGCAGUAGCAGUAGCAGCCCUUACUUCACUCUGGCAAAGCCUUUUGAGCUUUGAUAAAAUAUAAAUAUUAAAUAAUUUUUGUCUCAGCUGUCCCUUUCCCCAGCUGUAACCUCAGAGGCAGCUUUUCUUGCCUCCCUGGUAGGGCUCCUAGUGCACUGGGACCCAACACUUCCUCUUCUCAAAGUUUUGGUGCCAGCACACACAGCUCUCCACAGAACAGCACCAGGAAAGACUUUACUGGGGUGACAGCAGGUAAAGGUCUGGUGGGAUGGAGCUGUUCCCAGUAUCAUGGAUUAGAAAUUAUAAUACCAAAAUUAAGGAUGUCUGCAAAAACAUAAGGAUACUGAUAGCGAGAGAGGAAACAAAACUGAGUACGUCUCCUCUAAGGCUUCCCAUUGCCUUAAUUCACACAUGCUGAUCACAAUAAGUAUCUCAAAACUAGGAUAUCCUCAGUCUCAGGGGGGAUAUCUGGUUUUAUCAGUUUCUGCCUUAAGAAUUUCUUUCUGCCUUUAAGCAACUGCUUAAAGUAGUUCUACACCAAGUGAGUAAAUCUAAGGAGAUAGGAGAAAAAAACCCAAAUGACAAAACAUAAAUAUCAAAAAGAUUGCUGAAGAAAUCAAAUUACCUUCUAAGUCGCUAAAUUAAUUCCUGUUGGUUGUACAUAAUCCUGUUCUAUAUAAUCUCCCUCAUGCUCCAGCAUCACCAAUGGCAUUAGGUUUUCCCUCUCAGCACAGCAGAGGAAGCUGCCAGGCCUUGCUCCUGCAGGGCCUCGCUGCCCCCAGAACCUGCAGAGCUCACAGCAUUCCAGUGCCACUGCAAACAGCCAUGGCAACAGCAGCCAGCCCAUCCCUUUCAGACCUUGGUGUUCCCAAAGAAACCCACACUCCCAUGCACCACACCAUUACACAUUGUAAUAUUUUCUACAGUAUCCAAAAGCUGCGGUCCUGUACAGUCUUUGUACAUUGGGGUCAAAUGGGGUUUUUUUAAAUAAAGAAAGGCCUAACAAGCAAUGUGGGAGAAGUGAUGUAAACUGAAAUAGAUCAGGUUCCGUAAAGUUGCAUGUCUCAGAUUGUGUAUCCAAUGAUCAGACUUCUGUUUGCUGGACUCUCCUGGAAUCCAACUUCAUUUCUGUUAGCAUGGAGAAUAAAGAUACAAAGAAUGGAGAUAACCACUAAAGCUACAGCAGAACAAAAUUCAUGCUCUCUUAACACAUCCAAUCUCAAGAAACAUUUCUGCUAAAUAUAUUAGGAGACUUGCUCCAGUGAUAUCUCAUAAUUAUAAUUGUUCAUAAAUUCAUAAAAUCAUAAAUUGUUCAUAAAUUGUUUAUAAAUUCAUCACCUUUGUAGGAUUAGCAAGGUUCAAGCCUGGUAUGUUCUUUUUGGUUUUGGUUUUCUCUGAAAAAGACAUGGUCAUAAAUUAAAAAUACACAAACCCAAACAGUGCACAAACUGAAAGGGGAGCAAGGGCUUUAAUUUCAUAAGCCUCUAAGAUAGGGCUUUACAGUAAUAAAUAACUUUAGCCCUCAUUUUUGAAAUGUUGCAGAAUAAAAUGAACCCAGGAAGUUUUGUAUGUUCAUAACCUUAUUUCUGGUGAUGAAAAGGCAGGCACCAGAGCAGGUAUCCUUUUCCCUAGAGGCAUUUUGCUGCCUUUGGAGUAGGUAUUGCCAGCAGUUUGCUCGUUAUGGUUUCCUUGUCUCUGCUGGCAACAGAAACAGUGCUGCUAGCAUCCUUUGGAACAGCUCUGUCAAAGAGCCUGGUGGUGAGACAUAAUUCAGUAAUUCUCCUGCAGCUCUGCUCUCAGCCCUCCAUGAUGGAGCACUCCAAACACAUGUGGAGGGAAAGAAAAAAUGGUUACAGCAGAGAGCUCUGGACUGGUGCUUCAUUAGUUACUGCCUAUAAAGAAACACACUCAGCAGUGUGAAGCACUGCAAAUGUGUGAAACGAAGUUCAGGAGAAGCCCUCAUUCUUAUUUUCAGUACUAGCUCAUGGGGAAAUUGUGCAUUCAUCAGCUGUUGAAGCUCCAUGCCCAUGUAUUGUCACUAUUUAUGUCUGUGCUGAGAACAAAGAAGCAGCAGAAAUUUUUUUCCCAGUUAAGUACAUUGUACAAUAAAAGAGUUCAGCUUUCCCUGGGCAAGGUGCACAAAGCUUGCCAAAUGCAAAGAGAAGCUGUCUCAAAUAGGGAACAAAGAUUUUACAAUGGUAUUCCAUCCUUGUACUUCAGACACUCAGAAAAUUUCAUGGGAGUAAAAUGCUUUUCUGCAGCCCUACCUAUUCCUUUUGUAUAAAUCUGGAUACAGUUUUGGGGUUUCAGAGGCAUUUCACUUCCCAUCUGAGUAUAAACUUCCCACUUUUCAGGUGCCCUUUGGUGUACUAACCCAUAAAACUAUUUUUGGUUCAAGGUUUCAGGAUAUACUAAGGCGGGGGGGAAGCAAAAAGUUAUUAAAAUUACAAUGUCUUUUUUUUCUACUCCUGCCUCCCCUAAAUAUAUAAACAGGUAUGAAAGAAUUGAUCAGACAACCCUGAGUCUUUGACUACAAUGACAUUUCAAACCAGUACUGAAAUUGGCAUUAAAUCUUUGUCUACAAACUGCUUAAUGUGCAGUAGAGGAGAAGGUGGACAGUUGUUUUAACUGGGCAUGCUCUUUAGAAUGUGGAAUGGAUGAACUGCAGUCAGUUCCAUUAGAAAGUCAAAUUAUUAUUUAAGGAAGAGUGAACAGGAAAGUAGAAGUGAAUACUGCAUGAAUAACAGAGUUAAGGUUUACAGUGAUGUGAAAAAAGUUGAAAUUUGAUCUUGCAGAAAAGAGAGACAUAAAAGCAUCAGUGUCAAAUAGUAAGAAAAUAGAAACAUUUUGCAUUUACUUGCCAGAACUGACACUGUCACGAUGAGCAGGAAAGAGAAUGAAUGUAGGAUGUCAAAGGGUUCCGGGAUGACCAGACACAGAUGCGAAACACACGUGUGUGUGUACAAGAAAAUCACAGAAUGGUGCCCAUGGGGAGGUGAUGGCUAUGGUGAUGAAAGAGAACUUGCAGGGGUUUAGCCUGGUUGAUGCUGAAGUUGCCUUCUUGAAUUCCAGUUACAGCACCUCCAGCAGCGCUAGGAAGGGAGCAGGGCCAUGAGAGGUGGUGCUACACUGUCUGUGCAUUAAGUAGGAAAAUGCAGAGCCAGGGCCAGCCCAGGGGGCUGGGGCAAACAUUCUGUCUGCUAUAACUCGAGUCUGAGGGUACAGUUACCACACAGUUUAUUUGAGGAAAGAAAUGGAGCUUUUGCCCACAGAAAGUUGUUGAUUAGUUUUAGAAAUUUUCUACAACAAACAUACUCCAUGGGUCGAUGAGGAGCUGGCAACACCCAAGGCAGACUAUAUUCCAUAUCGAAAAGGCCCUCAAGUAAACUCUUCAUAGAGAUCCAAUCUCCUAACGGCCAUACCGUUAGGAAUUCUGAUUUUUGAAAAUAUACAUAUUAGAAAACUUUAUAAGGAUAACAACCAUCCCUGAGAGCAGAGGUUAUUGCCUUCAUUCUCAGAAUCAACUACUGGCACAUGUAUUUUUGGCCACUCCACAAACUGAUGUAAAAGUGUGAGGUACAUCUGAAAAAAGAGAUGGGGUUUUUGUAUGUAUUCUGUUCCAAAUACUGCACCACCAGUUGAGUAAAUUUUUGAUUGUGGUUAACAGGCAAUUUUGUUCAAAAGGUCACCAUGACAGGGAUGGGAAGAUACACACCAGAGUGGAUUAUUGCUUUGCAGGGUAAUACAUGCUGUGGGUGGGCUUCCUGAAAACCGUUUCAUAUCAACUUCAGUGUGUUUCGAAGUUUAUAGUAGACUUAUCAAAUCCUAGAAAUAAAGAUUAGUAGACAAAAGGAAAAAGUAGUGCAAGUAGAGUAUUAUGCUAACAGUGCAGAAUUAUUUCCUAGAAUAUAUUUUUUAGUGUUAGAGGUGGGGGUGCUUCAACCUACUUAAAUGUUUCUAAGCCUGGGGCUUCUACUGCUUCCCCUGGGAGAUUGUUCUAGAGUCUAUUAGAAUUCACCAUUAGAAAGCUUUUCCUGAAAAUUAAUUCAAAUAAUCCUUUUGUAAUUUUUUUCUCAUUAGUCCUAGUUAUACCCUUUUGCACCUCUCUAAAUAGUUCCUCUAACUAUGAUUUAUAUCCUUUGAAUAUUUUUAGAUAGUUAUCAAGUUCAUUGCCUUUGGUAAUUUACUAGAGAAGCUGUGAAUCCCUCCUCAUCCCAAUUCAUUCCUUCAGUUCUGUAUUUCUUACUUUUUCAUGAAAUAUCUUUAAUGCACAAACUAAAUCCCCUAGUAUUUCCUUAAAUGAGUCACGGUCAGUUCACUCUGUUAAGAUGAUCUGUGUUGCUGGUGUCACUGCAUAAGUUUUAAAGUUUAAACAAUAAAUUAAAUUGAAACUAGAUUUUUAAAAAAAUCUUUUCUGUAAUCCAUGGAUAAGUUAUCAUAUUAUAUGAAUUUGGCAAUGUCUUUCACAUGGGUAUGAUAUAACAAAGCCAACCAAAAAACGCUGUAGCCAAUCAAACAAUAAUACAAAGUAUCAUUUGUUAAAACUUAGGUUGCUGUCAUUAAUGGGAAAACAGACAUUGUCAUUCAUGGGUCCAUGUUUUUAAGUGUCCCUACACUAAACAGCAGCUGUUGACCAGUACUUUCACUUAAGACAGAUAAUACUGCUUUUCCUCAAAUGUCAAGAGAAUGCACCUACUUUCUAAAACAAAUGCUCAAGAUUUCUAGAUAGGCACUAACUGCUGCAAAGAAAUAGAAUUGCACCAACUCUUCUGAUUACUGCCAAAUUUGUGAUUGCAAAUUUGUGAUCCAUUUCUGGUCUGUGGCUGGCAUGAUGACCAUGUGGUUUGUUUUCAAGCAUGUCCCAAGCAAACCUGUGUUCACUGGCUCAGAAGCACACUGGCAAACAGGGAGGAUGUACAAAGGCAGCUUGGGUCUUUUCAUUGAUGUGUUUCCUUCAUCUCCUCCUGCCUCCUGUACCUGAACUCCGAACCAGAACUGAAAUCCUUGUGUCUUAAGAGCCACUGCAUCACUUAAGACCUAAGGAAAAUAGAAUUUGAUUUCUUCUUCAUUGGGGCUGUCUGCAAGGAUUGGUGUAAAGGGGAGAGCAGGAACACUGAGGGUUCCAGGGAUGACUUUAGGGAGCUCUCAGCUUCCCUCAGCACAUCUCUAUCCCUAGUGAGUGUAAGUUGUGCAAACCAUAUUGUAGGAAAUGAAUUGCCAGGAGUGGGUUUAGGUCACAUGAGUAAACAAUUACUUCCUUGGCUGUUUGCUGUCACUGCUCUGCCCACUUUCCCCAAACAAGCCAUGGCAUGAGGAGUACCCAAAGUCUGAUGGACAGGAGGGGAGAUGAAUGAGCCUUGGAAGGUCAGGUUGCAACACAAAGGAGAGGAAUUCCUGAGCAACAAGCUGUAAAACAUGACUUGUGAUGAGCAACAGGGCAGGAAUCAGACAUGCACCCUGAAUAUUGCUGCAGUUUGGUGAAACGGGUUGUUCUAGUUAGAUUUAACUAUAUAGUUAUUAAACAUUUAAAAGUUACUGAGACUGUAGGAUUUUGAAGAGCUGAAAAAUUAUCAUGUUGAAUGUAACAGCUGUGCUCUUAUUGGCUGGGACAAUUCUAUUUCAUAUUUCAUCAUCUCUUGACAGUAAAAAUGGUAUUUCAUCUGCCUGCAAAAAUUUACAAUUUUCCCACACAGUUCAUUAUUUCCCAGAUUACUUCCAUGUUAGUGCAUUGGUUCUUGUUGAGGAGCAAUAACUGCAGUUGGAAUUGUAUGUAUUUUGUAGCUUGGGAUUGCUUCCUAGCUGUCCAAAUUCUGUGUAGUUGUGGCCACUUCUAUGGAUAAUAAAACUAUACCAGAGAAGGGAUUAAAUAAAUAUAUGCUGUAUGGUUGUACAUACAAUGGUUGUACUCUGUAAAUGUGUCUCAAACCAACAGACUGUUCAGCCCAGGAAAAAUGCCCUUACAUGAAAUAUCUUCUUGUUGAUGUGAAAUAACCAUAAACCAUAUCUUGAAAUGUCUUGUUGCAGGUGUUAAAAGCAUUUUUGAAAGCAUGAAUCUAAACAAUUUAUGCAGUACAAUGAAUUAAAUGAGUAUAUGCAAUUGAAAAGAUUAAUAUGAAAUGAUUUUUUAAUAUGGAAUAAUCAGCUGUUAAAAAAAAAAGAAAACCCAACCCUUUCUUAAUGAAAAUGUACAGUAAAUUUUGACAGACAGUAUAGUACACAAACCCUACCUUUACAUAGAGUAAGAAGUUGUACAAAAGCUCCUCCAUGGCAUAGUGGUGUAUUUCAUAAAAGCCGUGUCAAUUUGCACAGUCAUUUAUGAAUUCAAUAUUGUUACUGCCCAUAUGUUUUCCACAGGAUUGAUUAUAUGCAUAUUUGAAAUAGAUCUGUUAUUUUAAAAUUUGUUCUGUACAUCCAUACAUGUACAAAGACAGUCACUUUUGUGGUCACUACAGCACUUUCUGUGAA